AUGCACAAACUUAGUCCAAAGUUCUAUGGACCCUUUCUGGUGGUGGAAAAAAUUGGAAAAGUUGCAUAUAGGCUGAACAUUCCUUCAACUGCACGAAUGCACAAUAUUAUACAUGUUUCACAGCUGAAGAAAAGAGUAGGUUCUGUCUUGGCUACUCCUCAUAUUCCAAUCUUGUGCACUAAUGAUACUUUAAAACCAGUGGCUAUUCUGGAUGAAAGAGUGGUGUGGAAAGAAGGAAUAAGUAUGGGUCAAUUCUUGAUUAGAUGGUCUAAUUCCUCCGAUGAUGAUGCAACAUGGGAAGAAGAAUCUUGGCUGAUGGAUCAUUAUCCCGAUUUGGUGCUGUCAGUGGGGAAAACUGCUUCUGAUUCUCAGCUUGUUCGUGGUCGAACAAGAUGUAAUGGAGAGGCUAAUGUUACGAAAGGAAUUGAGAAUUAG